CACGUUUUUGCAUGACAAGCGUCAGUUUUCGUUGAACUAUGUGUUAUUUAAGACGUUUUUGGUGAUAUUAGAAUUGACCAAAUCGUGUAUUAGCUACAGAGGAUCAAAGUUCAACUACCAUCUGUCUACGUCCAAAACGAACGCCUUGAAGAUAUACACGCUCUAACAACCGAUAAACCACGCUGAAUAAACAUCAAAGCGUCAUUGUUCGCAUGCAAGCGUCGAACCGUGGCUGCAUUGAAACUGUGACAAUGUGUAUAUAUGCUAACUCAACUGGGAUCGGAUUUAUUUACGGAGAAACGUCGAGAAAGUACGGGAAUAUGGGGGAACUCAAGGAUAUUAAAGUUGGAGGUUCGGAAGUAAGCUUGGAGCUGCCGAAAGAUGGUUCCCCUGUUGAGAGCUCCCGAAAACGGAAGCUCCGGAUAAAGAAACCGAGCGUCCACUUAUGCAGGAAGAUUACCUUCGUGACGAUCAGCACUUUCACCAUGCUCACAGCCCUAACGCUGAUCGUGAUCACGGUAGUGACAUCCCUAGCGACGAAGAUAUACGAUGUGGAGCAAUCAAGCCGGCUGGUCGGCAUGGUUGUGCUUGCCGUUACCGCUGCCAUCACAAUAUCCAUGCUCAUCUACUCUAACGUCGGCGUAUUCAAAAAGCGAAGCAAACCAUUGCACACGAUGCGAAUAGUCUUGAUAAUACUGGCUAUGAUUCAAGCACUGAUCGCGGGUCUGGCCGUCAAAAUGAGUACGAGAGACGCGGAAGGACUAUCCAAGUCCCUGGCGGACAGCUUCCUACUGGCCCAGGAAGAUAACUCGAGACACGUGAAGCUCUGGGCUGCCACACAGCAUGAUGUUAGUUCAAUUAACUGGACCUAA